AUGAAUGCGUCAGGUCGUUCGUCCGAUGUCAUGGCGACUAAUACGCUGCUGGCGGCUGCUAAAGUGGGCGCCUUGAGUGGUGCCGCUGGCUUGAUCUAUGGGGGGUUCUCAGGUGUGAUCCGAUCACCCAAUCCUACGAUUCAUUCGCUAUCGUGUGGAAUUCACUGGUUCGCGUGUGGUUCAACAUAUUGGUGGAUGCGAAGCAAUGUCAUUGCACUUCAUUAUCAAGACAAUGUGUCCCCGCGGGAGCGCGCGUAUGUGAGUGGCCUCUGCGGAGGGAUUUCCGGCGGAGUCGUGACCCGGAUGAUGGGAGGUCGACUGGUGCCUGGUCUUGUGAUAUUUUCCCUCCUCGGCUAUGGCGGACAGACUGCCUUUAAUUACGUGGAUAGGUGGCAGAUGGAGAAGGCCCAAAGCCCAUCGAAACCAUUCCUCCAACGGGUGGCCGAGUCGAAGUGGAUUCCAUUUCGACAUCUCUCCGACCAGGAGUACCGGGAGAUGCUGAGUGAGAAACUUCUCAGUGUUGAAGCGGAGAUUGCACUGCUCGACGAAAAAAUCGAAGACCUGGAAAAGACUCUGCCUAACUCUGCUCCCAAGCCGCCAAACGGCAAGAGUUGA